AUGUAAAAAUAAUUUAUUAUUGCUCUCUUGUUGAUUAUUGCUGUCACCUCAAAGCCUGAUCUACUCUAAGGAAACCUCUUACGUUGCUUAGGAUAAAUAGGUAAAACUGUUAAGUAAGUCACAGACUUACUAGCUACUAUUUAAGAAAAGAAAGAUAAAGCUAAAAUACUUAGAGCUGUUGGAUAAAUUGCUGGUUAAAUUUAACCUUUAAUGGAAGAGUGCUCAAAUCCUAUGUGCUUAUUUGAAGCUCAAUUAAGAUGUGAAAAAUCUACUGGUAAAUCUUGUGAGCAAUAUGGUGCAAUUAUGUACCCUAAAUGUGAUAACGGGUUCUUCAAUGUAGGAUGUUGUCUCUGUGCAUCAUAAUGCCCUCCUGGUUUUAGAGAUGAUGGGUUUUUCUGUGCUAAGCCUUCUGCAUAUGGAAGAGGAGCUGGAUAUCCUUGGCAAUUUGGUGAUGCUUUCAAUCUCGAUAAUGCAACUAAAAGAUGCGAAAAAGAUAAUUCAUAAGGAUGUGAAUAAAAUGGGUUGAUUAUAUAUCCUAAAUGCCAAUAAGGAUUCCAUAAUUUUGGAUGUUGCAUCUGCUCUCCUGAUUGCCCCUCUGGAACAGUUGAUAUCGGUGUUUCUUGCACUAAACCAGUGUAUGGUAGAGGAGUUGGUUUCCCUAUGUACUAUGAUGAUUGCUCAAACAAAAAAUUGUUAAGAGCUUCUUCUGAAAAUUACGAAUCCUAUAAUAUUGAAGAACUGGAAGAAAAAAUGUUACAAAAAUCAGAAACUUUUAUUUAAAACCAACAUGACAUAGACGAAGCAGUUAAAAUUGCUAUUGAAUUAUAGAAGGUUACUUCUGCAUUUGAAAUCAAAGCUUCUGAACAACAAUAAAACAAAUGA